AAAAUAAAAUAAAAUUGGAAGAUGGAAGAAUGGCUAAAGAUUUCAUUUGUAGCAGUUUCAAGUGUGAUUCUUGUUAUAAUUGUAAUCACAAUAAUUAAACGAAGAUGUUGUCCAGGAGGAGAUCAAUCAAAAAAACAAACUCAGAUUUCGAAACUUCAUCAUGUAAGUGUUCACGAUGUUACAAACAAAUAUUAUGUUGUUAAACAAGGUUUCAAUUGGUCUGAUCAUCCAUCACUUGUAACUGACGCGGUUGAAAAUGGAUGGUCAAGAUUUGCUUUCACAUCUUUUGCUCCAUCUUCAUCCAUUAGAUCAUCAGCUAGGUCCAUUUUAGGAUCAUGUGUUGGUGAAAAUGAUAUGAGUUGGGAAAUUUGUCAAGAUUCAUCUGAUUUUAUGCAGAAAAUUCGAUUCAAUUCUGGUGGUAUUCGAAAACUCAAUAAAAGCACUAAAUUUAUGUCAGCUUCCUCUGUUGUCAAAACUUGUUUGCCUUUACCAGGACCUCAUUUGGGAAAUUCAUCAUUUCCACAAGAAUCUUAUUUUGAGAUUACAAUUUUGCCUUGGAAUCAAGAUAAUAAUGUUCAAGUUAUGGGAAAGGUGAAAGAGGAUAAAUUAGAUUUGGAGAAAAUUAAGCUAAUUAGAGAGGAUUCUUCUAAUUCAAAGGCUAAUUCAGAGUCUUUGGUUCAUGUUACAAGUAGUAGCAGUAGUAAUCAUAGGGGAAAUGGACAUCAAAAAAUUCAAGAAUCAAAGGAGAAUUUGAAAAGUGAUGAGUUCAUUGUGUUGUCAAUUGGGCUAACAAGUGCUUGUGCUCUACCACUUAAACUUCCAGGCAGCUAUCAAGGUUCCAUUGGAUUUAACUCAAAUGGUUCUGUUUUUCUUGAUGGAAUGAAAUUGGUGUUUGAAUCACAAAGAGAAGAGUGGGGAAAACCAGAAAAAGUAAUUGGUUGUGGUUACAAUCCAAGCCAAAAGAAGGUGUUUUUCACAGUGGAUUCAUUGCUAGUACAUGAAAUUUUUUGCAAAACAGAAGAAUUUGGGAAUCCACUUUACCCAAUUUUAGCAUCAAAUGGUGACAUUUUAGUACUAGUAAAUCUUGGACAAAGUGUAUUCAAAUAUCCACCAGCAAAUCUACAUAGGACACCAAAUCCUUGCUUCAUUGGUCCAAUAAUGCAAAAUGAUUCACCAAUUCUUGGAUAUGAAGACAGCAAGGAACUUUUCUCAAUGGGUAGAAUUGAUGCACAAUGGCUUAAUAGAAGCAAUACAAGAAGUAAUAACAAUACUGUUAAUAGUUUGAAACAAGUAUUAGAUUAUGAUUUGGAGUCUGAAGGUGAUUUAUUUGAAAUUGUUUUAGAUAAUUGUAAUAGUUAUUCAAGAUCUCCUAACCCUUUGUAACAUAUUAUAAAAAAUAUCAAAUGUAACAUUAUAAUUU